AUGUCGGAAAAAGUGGAUGCGGAUGCGGAUGCGGAUGCGGAUGCGGAUGCGGAUGCGGAUGCUACGGAAGCAGUCAAGAAAGCUGCGGACAAGAAAAAAGUCGCAGUUAUAAUUUCAGUGAUUGGAAGCAAAACAUACAACACCCUACGAGAUUUAUGUUCGCCUUCAGUUCCAAAAGAAAAGUCUUUCUCCGAAAUUUGUGAAUUACUAAAAUCGUACUACAAGCUCAAGAGUUUAGAAGUUGCUGGAACAUAUAAAUUUCAUUCCUGUGUGCAAGCUGAAAGCGAGAGCAUCGCCGAGUAUAGGGCAAGACUUAGACGUUCAGCUACUGAUUGUAAUUUUGGUACAUUCCUGCCAAGAGCCCUCCGGGACCAAUUUGUAAGUGGCAUCCGCGAUGGAAAUACAAAGAAGAAACUCCUAAGUCAAGAUAUUCCUACCAUUGAAGAUGCAAUGAAAAUUGCCAUAGCUGAUGAAGCAGCAAAACGAGAAAGUCAAUUACUUCAGACAAAUCCGAUUCAUGCUUUUAAGGCCACGAUGCCAAACAAACACAAAAAGGUAAGAGAACGUAGAGAUACUCAGCGACCAAAGCCUCAAUCCUCUUCUAAAAUUACUGAAGAAAAGAAGCCAUCCUAUACUUGUUUCAGUUGUGGGGGAACUGGACAUUCAAGAAAAGACUGCAGACACAGAGACAAGGUAUGCCAUUCAUGUAAUCUUAAAGGGCACAUAGCAAAAGUCUGUAAGAAGACUGGGGUGCAUUCAAUGCAACCUGAUCAUGAUUCUUCACAAGAUCAUUCUGACCUAGAAGGAGACAUGUAUACUAUUUUUGAACUGAACAAUGUCUCAACUCCAGACAUAAAAGUUCCACUGAAGAUUGAAGGUCUUCCAACUGAGAUGCAGCUUGAUACGGGAUGUGCAUUCACAUUAGCUCCCAAGUCCUUCUAUGAUAAAUUUUGUUCACACAUUCCAUUGAAGCCUACACAAGUGGUUUUGUCUACAUACACUGGAGAGAAAAUAAACCCCUUAGGAGAAGUGAAAGUGGAUGUGGAGUAUGAUAACAGCAAUUAUCCAUUGCCUCUACUUAUUUUAAAUGCUGGGACUACUCCCCUCUUUGGGAGAAAUUGGUUGAGUAAAGUUAAUCUAGACUGGCACAAACUGCCAGGUAUAGAGACAGUACAUAAUGUUAAAGCUACCCAAAACCAAGACCUGACUUCUUUAUUAAAGAGACAUGAGGCAUUGUUUGAUUCAGGAUUGGGAUGCUACAAUGGCCCACCUGAGCAUCUUAAAGUCAAGGAGACUCCAAAGUUUCACAAGGCUCGACCUGUAGCAUAUGCACAAAAGCCAAAAGUUGAGAAGGCCCUAGCUAAGAUGGAAGAAGAAGGAGUGAUAAAGAGAGUUGCAACAGCCCCCUGCGCUGCACCAAUAGUGGUGGUUGGCAAGAAAGAUUCAGAAGACGUUCGCAUAUGUGGAGACUUCAGUGUGACUUACAAUAGUUGUGCUGAUGCUGAAACCUAUCCACUUCCUAAAAUAGAGGAUAUUCAUGAAGCAGUAAGAGGGUGCACACAGUUUACUAUCUUAGACAUAAGCCAAGCAUACCAUCAAAUUCCCAUAGCAACAGAGUCACAGCCAUAUCUAACUGUUAAUACGCACAUGGGACUGUACUCAUUCACACGACUUCCAAAUGGUGUGCACUCUGGACCAGCUAUAUUUCAGAGAAUAAUGGACAAUACCCUUGCUGGUCUCUCAAAGACCAUUUGCUACAUUGAUGAUAUCCUAGUUGCAGGAACUGAUGAACAAGAUCAUCUCAACACGCUUUCCAAAGUCCUAGAAAGACUCUCUACUGCUGGGUUCAAACUGAACCAAAAGAAGUGUCAAUUCAACAAAUCCUCUGUUACUUACUUAGGUCAUGUGAUUGAUGGACAUGGCCUCCAUCCUACUGAAGACAAGCUCAAGGCUGUGAAAAAUGCACCUAGUCCAAAGGAUGUGGCUGCUCUUAAGUCCUUUCUUGGAUUACUGAUGUUUUAUUCAAGGUUUCUACCUAACCAUUCAACUGUCCUGGCGCCCUUAAACAGAUUGCUAAAGAGGGAUGUCGAGUGGAGAUGGACAAAGACUGAGGAACAGGCAUUCAUAAAUGCUAAGAAACUGCUACUUGAAUCACAGACACUUGUACAUUAUAAUGAUGCCCUACCCCUCUACUUAUCUUGUGAUGCUUCAUCAUAUGGAGCAGGUGCUGUGUUGUCUCACUACAUUGACAAUCAUUACCGUCCAGUUGCAUUUGCAUCCUGUACUUUAACCCCAGCACAAAAGAACUACUCCCAGUUGGAUAAGGAGGCUUUUAGCAUCGUGUUUGGCAUAAAGAGAUUCCAUCAGUACUUGAGUGGACGUAAAUUCACGAUUAUUACAGAUCAUCGACCCUUACUAUCAUUGUUUGCUCCAGACCGUCCAGUACCACUUCACGUUGCCGCAAGGUUACAGAGAUGGUCCUUAGUACUUCAGUCAUACAACUACAGCAUUGCAUACAGGAACACUACAGCACAUGCAGAUGCAGACUCAAUGUCUCGCUUACCUUUGCCUGAAACAUGGGAACCACCAAGUCGCAAUGUCAACUGCUACUUCCUUGAAAAUGAAGGUAUGCCAUAUGUUUCAAGUGAAAUGAUUGCAAAGGCCACUGCUGCUGAUCCUUCCCUGAGCAGAGUUUUGCAGUACACUAUGACUGGAUGGCCACAUGUUGUGGAUCCAUCUUUAAUCACAUACAAGAACAAACAAGAUGAGUUAACCCUAGAGCAAGGUUGCUUGUUAUGGGGACUUCGAGUUGUUGUUCCUGCAUCCCUUCAAGAUAAAGUUCUUGAGGAACUACAUGAGACCCAUCCUGGAAUGACACGUAUGAAAUCUAUUGCGAGGUCUUAUGUUUGGUGGCCUAACAUAGAUUCUGAAAUAGAAGAAACAGUACGAUCAUGUCAUGUUUGCCAAGCAACUCGAGCAAGCCCAUCUGAGGCACCUGUUCACCCAUGGAGCUACCCUACAAGACCCUGGCAAAGGCUACAUGUAGAUUUCAAAGGUCCAGUGUUAGGACGAACAUAUUUAGUUGUUGUUGAUGCAUACAGCAAAUAUCCGGAAGUGGUGAAUAUGCCCAGUACAACAGCCACUUCCACAAUCAAGGUUCUACGCGACAUUUUCAGUCGACAUGGUCUACCGGAGAUCAUCGUCUCAGAUAACGGCCCACAGUUCGUAUCUGAAGAAUUCCGUAACUUUUGCAACAGGAAUGGCAUCAUCCAUCGCAAGUCAGCGCCUUACAAGCCUUCGACAAAUGGGCAGGCAGAAAGGAUCGUUCAAGUUCUUAAAUCAGCCAUAACAAAAGCUACAGUUGCGGGAGAAGAUAUUGAUACUGCCGUUGCAGGGCAUAUGCUUGUGUACCGAAACACCGCGCAUGCAACUACUGGACAAAGUCCUUCAAUGCUAUUGAUGAAGAGAAAGCUUCGCACAAGAUUAGAUUUACUUAAGCCUUCAGUACAACGUUAUGUAGAGAACAAACAGAACUCUAUUGCAGAAAGAACUGCAAAUAGACCCUUACGACAGUUUCAAGAAGGAGAUACCGUGAUGGUGAGAAACUAUGGUGCUGGAGACAAAUGGCUGCCUGGAAAGAUAUCUGAAGUUCUCGGAAAGAGAAAUUACAAUGUUCAAGCAGGAAGACAAUUGUGUAAGAGACAUGUAGAUCAAAUACUCAAGGGUAAAGUGCAACCACAAACAAGUGUGCAUCUAGAUGUUGAGUUGAGUGACUCAAUGCCAGUAAUUGAACAAGACACGGUUACAGAACCUGAUGCUACAAACCUGCCAACAGGUAAUUCUCAGCCAAAGACAUCUGAGGUUGCUUCCCCACCAAGAUCGAAUCCGGAAAGGAUUGAUACGUCAAAGGCUGAAAACACUACAACAGUACCAGCAGUUCAACCCUGCUCAAGUCCAAAAGCUCAUCGCUACCCUACCAGAUCAAACAGAAGACCACCAGAUUAUCUAAGAUUAUGA